ACUCACCAACGGGCCUUGUUCAGUGUCCACUUGGUUCAUCAAAGAAUAUCCAGCACGCUGAAAGUCUUCGGGUGCGGAGGCCGGGGAAACUUGAUCCGGCGAAAUUAUUUCGUUUUAUCAUUCUCCCAAUGCAUCUGGAAUUCUGGACAGAGUAUGGAUUCCUUGCCUUUCGGUCAGAUUGACCAGCACGGCAGCGCUCGCAGCCUACCAACUCCCAAUCCAAGCACAACCGCACAAGCACGAGCACAGUGAAGCUCGACCAUGGCGGAGGCUGCAGUAGGGUUGCUGAUUGUCAAGCUCGGCGCCGCGCUAGCAAAAGAAGCCGUGACCUUCGGCGCAUCGGUGCUCUGGAAGGAAGCUUCCGCCCUCAAGGGCCUCUUCUCCAAGAUCCGCGAGUCCAAGGCCGAAUUGGAGAGCAUGCAGGCCUAUCUGCAGGAGGCGGAGCGGUUCAAGGACACCGACAAGACCACCGGCAUCUUUGUGAAGGAGAUCAGGGGCUUCGCCUUCCAGAUCGAGGACGUCGUCGACGAGUUCACCUACAAGCUGGCCGGGGACAAGCACGGAGGGUUCGCCGCCAAGAUGAAGAAGAGGGUGAAGCACAUCAAGACCUGGCGCCGGCUGGCGACUAAGCUUCAAGAAAUCGGGCACCAGCUUCAGGAUGCUAAGCGGAGGAAGAAAGAUUAUGCUAUUCCCAAGGAGAUGGGCAGAUCUGCUUCCAAAUCCACAAAUCAAGCUCUGCAUUUCACCAGGGAUGAGGAUCUUGUGGGGAUUGGGGAGAACAAGGAGAGAUUGUUGCAGUGGCUGAAGGGUGGGAAUGAUGAUUUGGAACAGAGGAGGAAGGUCACCACUGUGUGGGGGAUGCCUGGUGUUGGUAAGACCACUCUGGUUUCUCAUGUGUACAACACUGUGAAGCUUGAUUUCGACGCCGCGGCGUGGGUAACCGUGUCGGAGAGUUACCGUCUAGAAGAUCUGUUGAAGAAGAUCGCUGCUGAGUUUGGCAUUGCGGUUGAUGGGGGCAACAGGGAUAUGAGAAGCCUAGCAGAGACCAUCCAUAAUUACCUUCAAGGUAAAAAAUACAUCUUGGUCCUGGAUGAUGUUUGGACUGCACGAGCGUGGUCGGAGAUAAGGAAUGUCUUUCCAGCUAAUGGUGUCGGACGGUUUGUUAUCACAUCAAGAAACCAUGAAGUUUCAUUGUUGGCAACUAGAGAUUGUGCGAUUCACUUGGAACCGCUACAAGCGCAUCACUCUUGGGUGUUAUUUUGCAAUGGAGCUUUUUGGAAUGAUGAUGAUAAAGAGUGCCCAUUGGAGCUACAGACUUUGGCUUCCAAGUUCAUAAGGAAGUGCCAAGGCUUGCCUAUUGCUAUUGCAUGCAUAAGCCGCCUACUCUCCUGCAAACUCCCGACACCUGCUGAAUGGGAAAAUGUGUACAGGAUGUUGGAUUCGCAGUUGGUGAAAGAUGUCAUCCCUGGUGUUGAUAUGAUUCUAAAGGUCAGCUUGGAAGACCUUCCGUAUGAUUUGAAGAAUUGUUUCUUACAGUGUGCAUUGUUCCCAGAAGAUUAUAUAAUAAAGAGGAGAACAAUAAUGAGGCAUUGGAUUGCCGCAGGAUUAAUCAGGGAAAAGGAGGAGAACAGAACAUUAGAGGAGCUGGCAGAGGGAUACUUGACUGAGCUUGUGAACCGAAGCCUACUACAGGUAGUGGAGAGGAAUCAUGCCGGACGAUUGAAAUUUUGUCGGAUGCAUGAUGUCAUACGCCUUCUUGCCCUCAACAAAGCCAAGGAGGAAUGCUUUGGUAUAGUUUGUAAUGGCUCUGAUGGGGCAUUAUCUGUAGAGGGCACACGUCGCUUAUCGGUCCAGGGUGAAAAUCUUGAACAGCUGAGCCGAGCUGGUGCAUCACAUCUCCGUUCGCUCCAUUUUUUUGAGAGGAACAUCAAUGUUGAUUUGCUGAAGCCUAUCCUAACAUCUGCAAGUUUACUGUCCACAUUGGAUCUGCAAGGUACUUGUAUCAAAAAAAUUCCCAAUGAGGUAUUCAACUUGUUUAAUCUGCGAUAUUUGGGCCUUAGAGAUACUGUCAUUGAAAGUCUACCUGAAGCAAUUGGGAGGUUACAAAACUUGCAAGUCUUGGAUGCUUUCAACGGUAAGCUGUCGUGUUUGCCGAACAAUGUUGUAAAACUUCAAAACUUGAGAUACCUGUAUGCAUGUACUCCUUCGCUAGAAAUUGGAAGUUUGCGUGGAGUCAAGGUGCCUAAUGGCAUACGGCAGUUGGUAGGACUGCAUGCUCUUCAACUUGUCAUAGCCAGUUCAGAGAUUCUGCGUGAAGCUGGAGCUUUGACAGAGUUAAGGACAUUCAGUGUCUGCAACGUGAGGAGUGAACACUCUGCUGACUUGAGCAAUGCUAUCACCAAAAUGAGCUGUCUUGUUCAUCUAGAAAUUAUUGUUGGAGCAGAGAAUGAGGUGUUGCGCCUGGAAGCAAUAUAUUUACCCCCAACCAUUUGUUUGCUUGUUUUACAAGGGCAGCUAGAAAAAGCAUUGUUGCCUCAGCUUUUCUCUUCUUGGUCACACCUUCAUAGCCUUAUCCGCUUGAACCUGGGAUUCUCCAAUUUUGAUGAGGAAACCUUUUCCUGUCUGUAUGUGUUACGCGGUCUAUGCUUUCUUGAGCUGAACAAGGCUUUUGAAGGGAAGAAGUUGGAUUUUGCCGCAGGAUCAUUUCCAAAACUUCGGUUUCUACACAUAUUUGGCGCGGCACAACUCAACCAAGUUGGAAUAGAGAAGGGUGCAAUGCAGAACCUUGUCGAGCUAUUGUUUGACGGCUGUCCCGAGCUAAAGUUUCUUCCUGACGGUAUCGAACAUCUAACAGCCCUUGAGAAAUUACAUCUGGAAGAAACAUCAGAAGAGCUGAUAGAGAAACUUCGGCAAAAGAGAGGUUCAGACAAAGUCAGUGAAGAUGUAAUGAAGAUAAGCCACAUAAGGAAUGUUACAGUAAUACAGAAAGGCCGCCGCCAAAGGAUUAGGUGAUCAUUGCUGCUCCAAGGUUACGAUUUGCUGUUUCUUCAUUCGUGCACAUAUAUUAGCAGAAUUAAAGCAAGUGGCACCUACUAAUGUGACCUGUGUAGUGAGGAUUCUGUUCAUCAGUUGGCAUAUAGUUUCUGUUGAACUGUAAUGAUGUAAAGUUCAUCCAUAAUGUGUUGAUGAUGCUGGAACUUUUUUUUUUUUUGGCAUAGUGAACUUUGCUCUUGAGCGUCCUAUAUACUGCUGUAAACUCAAUCUGGAAUGAUUGAUGAUGCUGCAAAGACUUUUAUUUAAUAUUUAAGUGCUCUUAUUCGUUAA